AUGGAGAGUGGCUCAGUGUUUGCAGAAAAUCGAAAUGACGAGUUAUUAGAAGAAAUCGAAACUAUCGAAGGAUUUCUGUCUGCCGUGGAUGCAGAGACAGCCGAAGAAAUUUCAAACUUAUCCAAACAAAUGUAUGCACAAAUUAAUAGAGUAGACAAUUUAAAAACUCAAAUUGACACCGUGGAAAAUGAUCGAGUAAAAAAUAAACAAUCUCACGAAGAUAAUGUAGAAUUAUUAAAUCAAAAAUACAAAGAAAACAAAGUUGAAUUGGUUUCCCAGAUCAAAGUUUUAAAUGCUAAAAUCAACACUUUGGAAGAUUUUAAAAAAAUGCAAACUGCGUUAGAAGAGAAGUUUAAAGCACAUGAUGAACAUAGAAUAGAAAACAACAAAAAAGUUAAAGAUAGUCUGGAGAGUAUCAGUCAAAAGUUUGAAUUUGAUAAAGAAAUGCUCAAAAAUGAAUUGUAUUAUCGUCUUCUUAAUGUGGCAGCCCAAUUCCAAAUAGAAACUAAUAAACAUAUAAGUUUACCAAAUCAAAGAUUAAUGCGAGAAAAUAUUAUGUUAAAAAAUGAAUUAAUAAAAAUUUCUAACGAUAUUUCGCUGGAAAAAGAAUUUGAAAGAAAUAUUGUUUUAAAGUAUUUCCUUUUUCAAACAUUUUUGUCUUGUAGAAAUUUAACUGUUCAACACAGGAAGGAUAUUGUUGUUCACCAUUCAAAUAUAAAAGGAAACAUAGUUACGAGAAAAGUACAACAUUUGUUGUUAACAUCUUUACAGAAGAAAUUUGAAAGAAUGAAAAAACGUUUAUCUGUUAUAAAAAUCCCUGAUCCAGCAAUAGAAGGAAAAUGUUUGACAUUGAUCGAAAAUGCUCAACUAGAAGAGCAUCAAGCCAACUUUUAUCUUUCAAAAUUAGAAACUUUACUUCACAAAGAACGAACAAAAGUAGGUGUUACAAAAUAUUUACAGAAGAGAAUAGAAUGCAAAAUAAGGGCAGUUGUAGAGACACUUUACGACUUCAAAUAUAUUGUAAUGUGUUUACUCAAGUGUUCUACAACAGGAUCAAGUUAUAUUAAAUUGCUCUUAUCUUUGCAAAACAAACUCAUUAAAGGACAAUUAAAAUUUCGGUGUGGUAUUGUCAAAUCGAUUGAGACUAUAUUACGAGACACAAAAUAUUGUUCUGAAGAUUUGAAAGAAGUUUCUGAAAAUGCUGUUUUCGAGAUAAUGGCGGACUCUGACGAUAAAGAAGUAUCGUACAAGCCAGUUUUAGAUGAACAAAAAUUAGAAACAGAAAGGAGCGAAGAAAAAGAAAUUUCUACCGAAAGUAGUGUGUUUAGUGAAUUCGAUAAAACGUUUAAAGAUACUACGUUAUUCGACAUCGAUUCAGAAGAACAUUUUACUGAGUUCGUAGAAGAUGAAGAAUCAUUAUUUGAUAUUAAUGAAGAAUAAAGCUCAUAG